GAGAUGCAGGCUUCAGAUUACCCAUGCCGUCCGUAAAUAUAGCUGGUCUUUAUCUCUACACAGGUAUGCACCUUCAAGACAGAUUGUUCGUGCGUUAACCGUGUCGUGAACAACAGGAGUAUCGUGUCUGGCACAUAGUUUGGCUUGAUCGGCUCGAAGCUGACAUCCAAACUACACUGUGACGGUGCUCAUGUCGUCCUCCAGCCUAGAUGAGAAGGUUCCCCUCCUGGUUCAGUCUACUUCCAACUCCCCUAGGGGCGGAAGCAGGAGUUCGUAUGUCUUGGUCAUCCACGGAGGUGCUGGUACAAUGUCGAAAGACCGCUCGACGCCCGAAUUGCGAGCGAGAUACAAGGCAGCACUCAGUCACGCUUUGGAAGCCGGGUAUACGGUACUAAAGGAUGGUGGCGAAGCUAUGGAUGCUGCAGUUGCUGCUGUGUCCUCCAUGGAAGAUUGUCCACUCUUCAACUCAGGGAAGGGUGCAGUAUUUAAUGUAGACGGAAAGAACGAACUAGAGGCCUCAAUAAUGCUCUCCACACCACCUUCUAUCCACACCUAUAUCCCUCCCUCUCGUCGAGGCUUCGGUCUAACCCUACUUACCCACACGCGCAACCCAUCUCAACUUGCGCGCGCUUUAUACCUCUCCCCUACGGCAGCGCCUCAUAUUAUGCUCUCCGGCAGUGCAGUAGAGCAACUCGGUGAAGGCCUUGGAGUUGAGAUGGUCGAUGAAAGUUAUUUCUUUACUGAAGCCAGAUGGAGAGAACAUAGACGAGGUUUACGCCUGCCCGAGGAGCCUUUGCCGUAUCCCGGCGAUGACGGCAAACGUGAAGGAGUGAAACUGCCACUAGAUCAGUUACCUACAGGGACGGUAGGUGCUGUCGCUCUGGACAUCCGCGGAUGCAUAGCAACUGUAACCUCGACUGGCGGCCGUACGAAUAAGUUGGUGGGUCGGAUCGGUGAUACGCCGAGUGUGGGUUCAGGAUUCUGGGCAGAAGAAUGGCCUCUCAGGGGUAGAAUCAAGAGACUCUGGCGAACGAUGAGAGGAAAGAGUGAUAAAGUUGCUGUUGGAGUCAGUGGAACUGGUGACGGAGACUAUUUCAUUCGUUUGAACACCGCCUCAACUAUAGGUCGCCGAAUGAAAUACCUAGAUGAAUCUGUCGAGAAGGCAUCCAAACAUUGCGUGGAAGAGUUGCGCCGAGAUGGAGGUAUCGGAGGAGUCAUUGCAUUAGACAACAGAGGACACAUUGCUAUGCCUCUAAAUUGCUCUGGCAUGUACCGCGGGGUUAUCAGGGAAGAUGGUCGACCCAAGACAGCCAUUUUCGAUGACGACGAGUUGGACUGAACUUGGCUGGAUUGAUGUUGUGACGCUUCGUGCCACCGAUAUGUGCUCGUAGUGAUGCUUUGCAGGCAAUAAUCGUUGACUCGCUUAUCUUCCAUCUCUUUCAAGAGAUAACAGGUACUUUCGGCGCAAGAUUUGUAGAACGUGAAAGCGACUCUAAGCGAAUAGAUGCUGUGGAUAAUAACAUAGUAUAUUGCAACACAAAUCUAGUGAAAAAUACGAAUGCAGCCAGUGUUCUGUUGGUCAC